AUGGCGACCAACGGGGACAAGUCCUCGGUGUUUGUCGAUUUAACGGCCGGUACAAUAGGCGGCAUCGCUGGUGUUGUUGUGGGACAGCCAUUCGAUACUGUGAAAGUGCGGCUCCAGACGCACAGCAAGCACUACAACGGGGCACUAGACUGUGCACGUCAGACUUUGAAGCAUGAAGGGACGUUGGGCUUCUUCAAGGGCAUGACGUCGCCGGUCGUUGGCAGCGCAGCCACAAAUGCCGUCAUGUUUGCCGUCUAUGAGCAGACAUUGAAGAUGAUUGCGAAUGACGUGCUGCAGGCACCGACGCUGACGUCGGUGUUCUUGGCUGGGGCAGUUGGAGGAUUCUGGCAGACGAUUCCGUUGGCCCCUGCAGAGCUCAUUAAGUGCAGACUUCAGGUACAAGACGGACGUACAAGCACUCAGUACCGAGGACCGAUGGACUGCAUCCGGCAUAUUCUCAAGGUCAAAGGCACGCGUGGACUUUUCCUUGGCUUUACGUGCACCCAGUGGCGUGAAGUGCCUUCUUUUGCUGUCUACUUCUGGCUUUACGAGUACACCAAGCGCAAGAUGAUUGCUGGUGGCAUCAACCCCACUCCUUCCAUGCUGACUGCCGGUGGAGUUGCUGGUGUAGCAUCCUGGGUCGUCUCGUAUCCUUUUGACGUCAUCAAGUCGGCCAUCCAGACGCUUCCAGUGAACCACAAGCCAGGCGAGCACAAAAUCGCGUACCAGGCGCGGCAACUUUAUCGUCUCGGCGGCUGGCGUAUCUUCUUUAGCGGGCUAGGCACUGCUUGUGUGCGAGCAUUCCCGUGUAAUGCCGUGACGUUUUACGGCUACGAAAAGUCUUCGGAGCUGCUCAAGCGCAUGCUCGAUACGUGA